AUGGAUAACAAAAGCAAAGCAGAGCCUCCGAGCCAGAAGAGGAACAGAGGGAUGGGUGGUGACAGGCCAGCCGUGCUGGCCAAAGCGUGUUUGGAGGUACAAGAGGCCGAGGCCGUGUGUCCGCGGGCACAGGCGCUGAGACACUGUGCGUCGGAGGACAAGGACCCUGUGGCAGCACCUGAGGAGCCCAGGCCGGUGCGACAGUGCCUGACAGCCCCGGGGCCCCGAGCCCGGCCUGAGUGGGCGCUGAGGGGACCCCGGCUGCUGCCCCCCCGGCGCGGGCGGCCCGAGGAGGCGGGGGCAACUGACAGCGGGGCCCGCGCGGUGGCCGUGACGGCGGCUCCGCCCCGCGAGGCCGGAGCUGAGACGGAAGCAGCCGCCGCCGCCGUCGCACAGCAGCCGCCGCCUCCUCCCGCCGGAGCCUCCUCCGACAUGGCCCGCCUCCCCGCCGCUUUGUCCUUCCAGGCCCCGCCGCAACCGCCGCCGCCGCCCAGGAGCAGCGAGGCCGAGAGAGGGGAGCAGCGGGCGGCGCCCGGCCGCCGCAGCCCCGCCAUGGCCCACUCGCCCGUGGCGGUGCAAGUGCCCGGCAUGCAGAACCACAGAGCAGACCCAGAAGAGCUCUUCACAAAACUGGAACGCAUUGGGAAAGGCUCCUUUGGGGAGGUCUUUAAAGGAAUUGAUAAUCGGACACAGCAAGUCGUUGCCAUAAAAAUCAUAGACCUUGAGGAAGCAGAAGAUGAAAUAGAAGAUAUACAGCAAGAGAUAACUGUUUUAAGUCAGUGUGAUAGUCCUUAUGUAACAAAGUACUAUGGAUCAUAUCUAAAGGGCACAAAACUAUGGAUAAUAAUGGAAUACUUGGGUGGAGGAUCAGCUUUGGAUCUUCUGCGUGCUGGCCCGUUCGAUGAGUUCCAGAUUGCUACCAUGCUAAAGGAAAUCUUGAAAGGUCUUGACUACCUACACUCAGAGAAGAAAAUUCACAGGGAUAUAAAAGCUGCCAAUGUCUUGUUAUCAGAGCAAGGCGACGUCAAGCUUGCUGAUUUUGGAGUUGCUGGGCAGCUGACAGACACGCAAAUCAAGAGGAACACCUUUGUUGGAACUCCAUUUUGGAUGGCUCCUGAAGUUAUUCAGCAGUCAGCUUAUGAUUCAAAAGCUGACAUCUGGUCCUUGGGAAUCACAGCUAUUGAACUAGCCAAAGGGGAGCCUCCCAACUCCGACAUGCAUCCGAUGAGAGUUCUGUUCCUCAUCCCCAAGAACAACCCUCCGACUUUAUUAGGAGAGUUCAGUAAACCUUUUAAAGAGUUCAUUGAUGCCUGUCUGAAUAAGGACCCAACGUUUCGCCCUACUGCAAAAGAACUUCUGAAGCACAAGUUCAUUAUGAAAAAUGCCAAGAAGACUUCCUAUCUGACAGAGCUGAUUGACAGGUUCAAGAGAUGGAAAGCAGAGGGACAUAGUAGUGACGAAAGUGAUUCCGAUGGUUCGGAUUCGGAGUCCAGUAACAAAGAAAAUAACUCUCAUCCUGAGUGGAGCUUUACUACAGUUCGGAAGAAGCCAGAUGCAAAGAAGCUACAGAAUGGGACGGAUCAGGAUCUUGUGAAAACCCUGAGUUGUUUAACAAUGAUAAUCACCCCUGUGUUUGCUGAGCUCAAACAGCAGGACACAAAUAAUGCUAGCAGAAAGAAAGCAAUUGAGGAACUUGAGAAAAGCAUCAAUAUGGCAGAAGCAACGUGUCCAGGGAUCACAGAUAAGAUGGUGAAGAAACUUAUGGAGAAAUUUCAGAAAUUUUCUGUUAAUGACUCAUCCUAAGAAACUUCACAUAAUUGACUGCUGUUUCGUAUGGACCCAGUGAAACCCACCAAAACUACUUCAAGCUUGGCAGUGCUUAGCUCAUGAGCUCCUUGUGCCUUUUGGAUCUUUGCAACAUAUUGAUGGUGAUUGAGGAUUUGAAAGAACCUACUCAACUAUUUUGUGGCAGUGCACAUGGUUUUAUAUUUUCAGGAAAUUAUUUUGUAAAGAACAACUUUUAAUAUUGUAGUUUCACCUGUUUAAUCUGAUAAAUGUUGAGGUGCAGUUUUGCUUUUAGAGAUAACCAUUACUUUAGUUAAUAGAAAGUGCAAGUACAGUAUGUUUUGAUGCUAUUUCGUUCCUGUACAUGGGGUUGUACAGGCCUUUUGUAUUCAUGAGUUAAAACUUUUGUAAAUCACUAACAAGCUUCAGAGAAAAUAGCUUUUUCACAAGCCUAUUCAAAGACGUGUAACGUAGUGGCAAGGGUAUUACUGUAGCACCUGCUUCAACCAGCAUAUAGUUAUCUGCCCUGAAAAAGAAACCUGCAACAGUAUCUAUUCUAAUUCUAAAUUGGUACAGUAUUUUAGGCAGCUCUAUGAUUAACUCUGUUUGAGAGCAAUAUGUCAAUAGUCUGCAGGUGAUAUGUAGCAACAGGUAUAUCCUGAUGUACAGUAUAUGUAUUACCUUUUAGAACAGGUUUUGAAGUAGUAACUCAACCUCGUAUCAUCAUGGUAGGAAAAUUUAGAGCAAUACAGUUGAGGGGGUGGGGCUUUUGGCAAUAAUGGACAAAACCUGAAGUCCAAUUUAACUUAAUUUUUUUUUCCUCUGAGUCUACAUGGCUGGGUGGAAGGGAGCCAGAGAAGCCGAGCAUCGCAUGAUACAUACCUCACGGGCAGGUAUCAGUGUAACACCAGCGUUCUGUGUGGUGGUGUUGUUUCUCCUGUAAGAUAUUUAUACACCUCGUUGGGGUUUUUUUUUGUUCUUAAAUGCAUUCAGUACAGUACAUCUGACAUAAUUUUGUUUAUAAUUUUUCUGGAAGUGUAUUUUAAAUAUGUAUUUACCAGUUAAUAUGCAAAUAACUGAGUUAUAGAUAUUCUUUCACAACAAGGUAGUACUGUGCAGUACAGAGUGAUUUUUGGGGUUUCUUUUUUUCAUAAAAAGUAGGUAAGAUUAUAAAGUUGCUUUCAGUUAUAUAUUUAUGGUACUGCUAGAUGGGUAAUAUCUUCUGUUUCGGUUUGGUUUGGUUUUGGUUGUUAUUUUUUUUCCCUUUUUCAACCCAGUAUGUAUAUUAUGCUGAAGUUUUGAACUGGGAUUGUUUUUCAGUACUUAGCUGUGGAACUGUUGGUGUAAAUUUAUUUUUGAUAAAGGCUGGGUAUGUUUAUUUUAUGGUUCAGACCUGCACAUUUUGUUUUUGCACAAAAGUCAUUUUAAAGAAUCUGAAAUAUAUCUGCCAAAUAAUGAAAAAGUAAUGGUGUGCAAGUAAAUACUGCAUUUUUAGUCUAAUGUUGCCAUUACAUUGUUUUUAUAUAAAGGACACUUGUGAGAGAUGGUGGUUAGAUAUGCCAAGGACAAUUAUUUUCAAUGGUGCCUACACUGUAAAAAAAAAUAAUAAAAAAAAAUUACUUUUAACUCCUUGUUUUAAUUUUAAAGAAUAAAUGUUUCUGUUUAAAACUUUCAUCUGCUAUAUAACUGAAAUUCAAUUAGAAUUUAUAUCUGAGAAAAAGAAAAAGUCUGGAAAUAGUUUUUGAAAACAAUAAUGUUAUGGAUUAAAUAAAUAUUUUUAUAAAUGUAAAAGCAGCAAAAGUUGUAAAUAAAGUUGAUCUGAAGCUUUACAAAAUAACUGCAUCACAGAAACAAAUGGUAGUGCUCCUCUAGCUUCUGUAGUUGUUAGUCUUGUAAAUCUGUUUAUAGAUGAAGCUUAUUUCAAUGUUUUGGGGGGUUUUAAAUGGUUUAAAAAUAAAUAUUUAAGUUCUGUAAAAUUUCA